AUGCCCUUUGACAAGUCCCUUUUGAGGGAAUGUCCCACUCUACAUCCCUCGGAUGGCGAGUUUGAGAGUCCGGUUGAAUAUCUUUCUCGUCCGGAUAUCCGAGCGUUGGGCGAAGAGUUUGGGUUGGUGAAAAUCGUGCCGCCUGCGGGGUGGAAACCUCCCUUUUCGUUGGCGCUGAGCUUUCGCUUCCACACCCGAACACAGAAGUUGGCCGAUUUGGGCCUCCGCAACAGGAGCAGGAAAUUCUUUGUUGAAAAUAUGAACCGCUUUUAUCUGAUGGCUGGCUCUCGGCCCCGCAAGCCGUGGCUUCUGGGCUUUCUGCGGCCGGUUCAUAUCUAUGAUCUCUACUUGGGCUUCAGAGAAUUGUUCCCUGAUGUGACCGAUAUUUCAGACUUCACCUUGAAAGAUGCCUUGAAGUUAAAUGCCAGAAUGGGCGUGGAUUCGACCUCGAAAAGUUUGCUCAAUGCUUUCAGGGAUAAGAUAUGGCCCUAUGCCCAAUUCUUGGCCAGCAACGGAGACAAUUUCGACUUUCCUAGCGUCCUCACAGAUGACCCAGACUCCUGUGUUGUCUGUCUGAAAAAUAGCUCCCCCACAACAAUGCUUAUGUGUGACAAUUGUGACGAUGCCUACCACAUGAAGUGUCUAGUUCCCGCGCUAGAAACUGUGCCCCCUGGAGACUGGUUCUGUGACAAAUGCUUGAUUGGCUCCGGUGAAUAUGGAUUCGAGGAAAACCCAGAACUACGGUUCAGUUUGCAAGAGUUCGUCGAGGACUGUCAGCAGUUUGAAAGAGCUUUUUACAGUAAGUAUGGAGAUGGUCAAUCUGCUUUGAGCAUUGAUAGCAUUGAAAAAAUCUUCUGGGGCCUUGUUGAGGAAAUGGACUCCAAUAUCAAAGUCAAGUAUGGCGCUGAUAUCCACAAUCAAACGGUGGGAGAGAUAAGUGGCUUUCCCACUAACGAAUUCCCACCAACACAAAGAAACUACGAGGUUGAGAAUUAUGCUCGUCAUCCAUGGAACUUGACUCGCUUGCCAUUUGCGAAAGGGUCUCUCCUCAAUCAUAUCAAAACAAAAAUAUCGGGCAUGACUGUUCCCUGGUUGUAUGUGGGAUCUCUACUCUCUACUUUCUGUUGGCAUGUCGAAGAUCACUACACUCUUUCGGCUAACUACUGUCAUUUCGGCAAUAUUAAGAAUUGGUAUGGUAUUCCUAGAGCCUAUGCUGAUAAGUUCGAACAACACAUGAGGUCUUUAGCUCCAGACUUGUUCCAGAGACAGCCAGAUUUAUUGCAUCAGUUGGUGACUCUCGUGUCACCUUCUGAGCUUGUGAAAAUCGGGAUUCCGGCUGUGUACACACGCCAAGGUCCCAAUGAGUUUGUCGUGACCUUCCCGAGAGUAUACCAUGCUGGCUUCAACUGCGGCUUCAAUUUUAACGAGGCCGUCAACUUUUCGAUGGACUCGUGGCUUCCUACUGGUGAGCAAGCUAUAGAGGACUAUCGAGCUAUAAAAAAGGAAAGUGUGUUUGAUCAUUACACAUUGGUGGAAAAUAUGCUACGGGCCUUCGUGAGUGAUGAUACAAGUGUUUGGAAAAACCGCAUGGAGGUGGUGCACAAUUGCAUUAAAUCUUUCGAAGCGUUCUCGAAACGUCAAAUGAAACUACUAGAACAGCUCAAUAACGAGCGAUUCGUUGAGGUACACAAAGGCGCUUUGCCGGUUGAGCCUAUUACACCUAAACAAGAAGAAUUUCCGGUGUUUCAAUCUUUGGAGAAUGACACAGUCCAACAGCCAAAGCCUCAGGGAAUGAAAGCUGUGGCUAACGAUAAUGAUGAUAAAUUAUGUGACAUUUGCCGCACAUACUUGUCGUACCAAUUUUGCAACAUAAAUAAUCGACUUCACAGGUUUGGAAAAUGGCAUAGAGGAAGGCCCAAGAAGUCACUGUCGCUUCUUACUCCCGAAGCCUCUCCGUAUGUAUCUGAUCAACGAGACUUAAGGCCAGAUGUGGCUGUUACCUUGGCAAAAACUGAAAGUGGAGAGAAACUCCGCCAGAUCAGUGGGCUCGCAGAACUGGAUUAUGCCGCCGAGGUGAAGCCAGAGAGCGAGAUGUUUGAUGAGCUCAUACACAGUGCCAAAAGAAAACUGAGGACUGAAACGUUAGAUUUGAGUAAAGCCAAAAAACGCCAAAGAUCUCUUCGCAGCUCGCUGACGAAAGAUGCUGUUCCAACAAGGCGCCAACUUAAAGAACACACGCCAUCGCCGCCACCAACGGCGGCGGCAGCAGCAACGCCAAAGACUCGCUGUAGUUCGCUUUACAACGAACUAAACCAAUUUGAUAUUGUGCGGCUUUGUUUACAGUGCACCAUCAAGGAAUGUGGUGAGAAUGGCGAGAGAGUGCCUCGGGAGUCUGAGCUUAUCUACGAGCAGGAGCUUUCAGAUAUGGAUGUCAUUUUGAGCAAAGCUAAGGCCAAGAUGGAGGAAUUGGUUCGAACAUGA